GCGUUCAUCGACAUCGGUGUGGUUGAUACGGAACAAUACGAACGAGCUGACCACUUCUUCCUUGAGUUAAUGCCACCGAUUUGGGCGAAGAAGAUGUCAGGUAAGCAGAACAUCUCCUAUCCGAUGAUGAUCUCAUCGAUGGAGCAAAAGCCAUUCAUUCCCUCUCAGCCAAACGUAUCCAUCUAA